UGUGUGUGUGAAAGCAAGACAGACGACGAGCAAGAAGUGAAGCAAGAAGCGAGCAGCGAUGAUGAUGAUGAAGCAACGAGGGCGAUUGGCGGCGAUGGUGGUGGCGGGUGCUGCCGUGGCACUGCUGUUGGUGGUGGCAGCGACAGCGUCGACAGCCACGACGACCACCACGGCAUCAAAGGACGCCGGUCACCAGGCAAGCGAUGCCCACCAUCACCAGCAUGAACAUGGUGAUGCUGUGCACAGUCAUCAACACACCGACCACGGAGAUGCCGCUCAUGGAGAAGCUGGUCACGGAGAUGCCGGUCAUGGCGACGUCGAGCACCACCACCACCACCAUGGAGAUGACGGCCAUCAUCACGAUCAUGGCGACGCCGAGCACCACCAGCACCACCAUGGAGAUGACGGCCAUCAUCACGAUCAUGGCGACGCCGAGCACCACCAGCACCACCAUGGAGAUGACGGCCAUCAUCACGACCAUGGCGAUGCUGAGCACCACCACCACCACCAUGGAGAUGACGGCCAUCAUCACGAUCAUGGCGACGCCGAGCACCACCAGCACCACCAUGGAGAUGACGGCCAUCAUCACGAUCAUGGCGAUGCUGAGCACCACCACCACCACCAUGGAGAUGACGGCCAUCAUCACGAUCAUGGCGACGCCGAGCACCACCAGCACCACCAUGGAGAUGACGGCCAUCAUCACGAUCAUGGCGACGCCGAGCACCACCAGCACCACCAUGGAGAUGACGGCCAUCGUCACGAUCACGAUGAUGGCCACCAUCACCACGACGACGGCCACCAUCAUGGCGCAGCGAAGAGCAGCGGCGCUGGGCUCGACGUUUCUCAUCUCCGCCUUGCCUGCCGCGAUGCUGUACGUGGUUCCUGUGGACAUGUCUUCGCCCGCCACCUCGUCCCUUCUGAAGGUGCUGCUGGCGUUUGCGUCCGGCGGACUGCUGGGCGACGCCAUCUUGCACUUGAUCCCACACGCAAAGGAGGGUCAUGACCACCACCAUCACGAUCAUCAUCAUCAUCAUCACGACCACCAUCAUCACGACCACGAUGAUCACGGCCACCACGGCCACGACCACACUGGGGACGUUGUCUCUGGCUUGUAUAUUCUCUCCGGCAUCUUUGUCUUCCUCAUCAUUGAGAAGAUUGUGCGCGGCAUCAAGGGCGGCCACGGCCACAGUCACAGUCACAGUCACAGCCACGAUCCCGUUGCGCGCAAGAAGAAGGACGACGACGCACCCGCGCCACAACACGACACCCAGGAGAUUAAGGUUGCUGGGUUCCUGAACCUUGCCGCUGAUGCAGCGCACAACUUCACGGACGGGCUUGCGAUUGGCGCGUGCUUUGUGAGCAGCCCUGCCUCUGCCUAUGCGACGGUCGUCACCAUUCUCCUGCACGAAGUGCCGCAUGAGGUCGGCGACUUUGCCAUCCUCGUCCGCAGCGGAUACAGCAAGACAAAGGCGAUUAUGCUGCAGCUUGUGACGGCUGUUGGUGCGAUGCUUGGCACGGUGUGCGGGCUGAUGAGCAGCGAGAUGACGGGCGUGACCAACUUCAUCCUCCUCUUCACCGCUGGCGGCUUCAUCUACAUUGCCACCGUCUCCGUCAUCCCAGAGCUCCUCGAGGAAACGCGCCUGUGGCAGUCUGUGAAGGAGCUGCUUGCCAUGGCCCUUGGCGUGGCCAUCAUGGUGGUCAUUGUCUUCUUCGAGUGA